AUGGCGGACGGUGGACACCGGCGUGCACGAGUACUAAUACUGGGAGGUACAGGAUUCAUUGGUCGUCACCUGGUGACACACCUGGUCAGUCAUGACCUCGUCAGUAAGGUACGCGUUGCAGAUAAAGUUCCACCUCCGAUGGCCUGGCUGAACAGCAGACACAAGGAUGUGUUUGCUAAUCCUCUGGUUGAGUUCAAGCAUGCCAGUCUGAUCAACCCAGCAUCUGUGAGGAAUGCGUUUACAGAUUCUGAGGGCGAUUAUGAUUAUGUCAUCAAUUUGGCAGCAGAAACCAAGUACGGCCAGACAGACCCCGUAUACCAGGAAGGAAUUAUUCGACUGAGUAUGAACUGUGCCCAGGAAGCUAUGGUCCGGAAAGUCAAGUUAUACAUGGAGUUCUCAAGUGGUCAAAUGUAUUCCACUGAUAAGAAACCGUGUCGUGAGGACGGGAAAUGUGAACCAUGGACACAUCUUGCCAAACACAAACUGGAGGUGGAGAGUCAAAUAGAGGACCUUAAAGAUUUAAACUACAUCAUAGUGAGGCCAGCUAUAGUGUACGGCCCAGGGGACAGGCAAGGACUCACACCCAGACUGAUUAUUGGAGCAAUCUAUAAAUACAUCAGACAGAAAAUGAAGAUGCUUUGGACGAAGGAUCUGAAGAUGAACACAGUUCAUGUGGAGGAUGUGUGUCGAGCUGUGUGGCAUCUCUGUCUUCAUGGCAACCGUGGCCAAGUGUACAAUAUUGUAGAUAGUGCAGACACCACUCAAGGUAAAGUGUGCCACCUGGUGUCAGAAGUUUUCAACAUCCAGUACGACUUUGUCGGCUCUAUGUUCUCAAACAUUGCCAAGGUAAACAUGACGAGUGUGGUGGAGGAAAUCAAUGACAAGCAUAUGACGCCAUGGGCCGCCGCCUGUCAGGCAGACGAUGUGUCUAACACCCCACUUAACCCUUUCAUCGACGAGGAACUUCUGUACAACAAACACCUGUAUCUUGAUGGGAAGAAGCUUUUAGACUCUGGAUUUAGUUACCAGAUACCGGCUCCAAGGCAAGACCAUCUCCGUGAGAUGCUGGAUGAUUACAUCAGCCUUGGCCUGUUUCCAAAAUCUCUUCUCAAACAGGAGAUUUCUUGCAAGGGAGGUAACUCCAGUGAACCCGACGACCAAGAUGAAUGAAUAAAGUACUAUGUAUGACUUUAAACUCAUUGUCUCCCUUGGACCAUUCAGGUUAGGUCCCUGUGAACUUGUUUCUCAUGUAUUGUUGUAAUUUCCAAGACAAAAUUUGCAAUAGUUACAGUGUUGCUAACUUGCCUGAUUUUAUCCAUAUGAUGACUUUCUCUAAUCAUCAAUAAUGCUAUAUUUACUUUAAAUUUCAUGGCUUUUGAUCAAUAUUUAAAAGUUUCAAAUUAACAUUUUGGAUCUGAUACGGCCAAAUAAUGUGGAAUCCUAACAAACAUCAUGUUAAUGGCAACAGAUGUGAUAACUAUAUAUUAGAAUUGGCCAUUUGGUCUUUGUUGCUUGACAAUGCUUUAAAAUAUGUCUUCUCUUAUUUUGAAGGUUAUGACUAGGUAUUAUUUGACAGAUGUUGGCGACAUUGUAGUUAAAUAUUUGAUGAAGGCAUAUUGUAUAAGAGGUAGAUUUACCUAAGCUCAGUAGUUGUAGUUUAUUUGUUGUAAUUAGUAACAUGAUGUGUCUAACUUAGUCACUCUCUGUGUGUAAUUAGUAACAUGUUGGGUCUAACUUAGUCACUCUCUGUGCGUAAUUAGUAACAUGAUGUGUCUAACUUAGUCACUCUCUGUGUGUAAUUAGUAACAUGAUGUGUCUAACUUAGUCACUCUCUGUGUGUAAUUAGUAACAUGAUGUGUCUAACUUAGUCACUCUCUGUGUGUAAUUAGUAACAUGUUGGGUCUAACUUAGUCACUCUCUGUGUGUGUAAUUAGUAACAUGAUGUGUCUAACUUAGUCACUCUCUGUGUGUAAUUAGUAACAUGAUGUGUCUAACUUAGUCACUCUCUGUGUGUGUAAUUAGUAACAUGUUGGGUCUAACUUAGUCACUCUCUGUGUGUGUAAUUAGUAACAUGAUGGGUCUAACUUAGUCACUCUUUGUGUGUGAUAGAGACAUGUAUGUACUUACUGUGUGUAACACAGGUCAGAGUGUUAUUCUAUUUUUAGCCGAGUUAGAAUUCGGAUGAGUAAAAAUACCAGUGCAUUGUUACAUAUAUUUCAAGAGAUUUUAAAAACUAUUUUCUGCUGGUCUGGAACCAGAUUGUUAUCCUGCGUAAUUCAGUGUUCAAUGAUAUGAAAUCCUGUUAUUUGUACAAAUUGAGAUGUACAAUAUUACCAUAGUAUUACUGGCAAUGCUUAUACCCUUUUCUAGGUCUAAUUUAGGAAUUUGUCAAGCACCUGUCUGAUUGAGAUUUCAAUUCAUAUUUGAAUCAAUAUUUGUCAAAACGUGGUAAAUCAAUGUUAAACUAUCAAUUAGAUUGUUUGGCCUGAAUAGCUAUCUGAUAAACACAUAACUGGUUUUUUCCUGUCUUUGUUUGUUGCUGUAUAGCUGAGAGUUUAUGGAUUAAGAUGGUCUUACAAUAUUUGUUAUAUUUUCUAAAUUCUUAUCUGAAGCAGAAAUUUACCUGCUCUGACACAAAGAUUUUCAUUGUAUGUUGUCUUCAUAUACGAUUUACUUUUGUACCACCCCUAUAAAAAGCCAAGCUGUAUUAAGGGACCAUUUGAAUAACUCCCUGCAGGUUGUCUUGGAAUACAUGAUUGUUUUAUUAUAUAAGAUAAAAUUGUGAAAAAGAAAUCUAAGAUAUAAAUCUUGUUAUCUUGAACUUAACUGGAAGACCUGUUUAAUUUGAAGUAUUUUGGUGGUCCCAGCCAAACUUAACACUUAACAUUCAAAGUGAUUUAUGUUGAAUACUUCGAUGACCCGAGACUUUCCUCUGGUCCGGCCUAAACAUUCCCGCAAAAUAUUUUGGAUUUUUAUUUUUUUUUUGAUAAAAAUAUUUCUCAGACAAUAUCAUCAUGAUAGAUGAAGCAGGUAAAGAUCUUUUAAGAAUUCUUCUGGUAUGACAUUGUGCAAUCUAACUGGUUUAGGUGUCAAAAUCUAACUGAUAAUAAACACAUUAAUUACUCUAAGAUCUAUAGAUAUUUACUUGAGGAAACUCAUUUUGUCUUUACCAGCCUUGAAGUGUUCCAAUUUUGUUAUACUGCCCUUAUUGGGGCAUAGUUUAGGACAUUUUGAUGAGGUCAAGGUCAUUGCCUCAUUGUAGUUUUUUAGGCAUAGUGUUUUAACAGCAUGUUACAGCUAGUGUAUAACUGGUGAGGGUUUUGAAUGUUAUCUGUCUGACACAAAGUCACUGUCAUUUACUAUACAAUACAAGUGUAUAGAAGUAAUUAUAAUUAAACACUGAUGUUAGUUGAUGGAUUCUAUUGUAAUUCAGUAAAAAGAUUUACUUUACUUUGCUGUCUCGCUGUCACCAGGAAGCUCAUCAUCCCUUAUAUGAGUCAAACGUUCUCACUACCUAACCUUUCACCCUCACCCAGGAUUCACUGUCUUACAUUGUCCACAACCCCCGAUUUCAGUCAAAGUUUUGUUGUCACUAAGUCAACUCACCCCUUAAGUCAAUGUUUUAGUGUCUUGCAGUCAACUCAUCUCUUGUUUGAGUCAAAGUUCCCUUGUCUUACAGUAACCUCCACCCCUGAUUUACGUCUCUUUCAUUGUUAUGCAGCAACACAACUUUUUUAAUUAAUUUAACGUUUCAACACAGGCACAACCUCACCCCCUGAUUUAUGUCAUGUGUUUCUUUGUGCCCUUGGCUUUUUACAUCAUAAAUAUAGUGAUGAGAAGAAUUAUAACCAUGGUGGUAUAAAAUUCAGGAAAACUAUAAACAUUAUUUGUUUUACAACAAUUGUGAAACAAAUUAUUUCAGCUGAUAAUAAUCACUCUUGUUGGCCCGGAUGUAAGCAAGUGAGGGGUCUUAUUGUGGGAGGAAACCGGAGUACCUGGGAAAAAGGGGUUGGGCAGGUGACCUUACCUUUUCACAUCUGUUCCAGGAGUCGAACCCUGGGCGGCUAGGUGAAAGGCGAGUGUGUUACCACUGCGCCACGCGACCAGGAUUCAGGAAAACAAUGUUGAAGAUCUGACAGUUUCUCAUACAAUGGUCAUUACAUGUAUCAAUUAGUAGUCAAAAAUUGUCAUUUAUAUUCCAUGUGAUAAAACAAUCAAUCUUUGAGAUGAUAAAAAUAUUCCUUUAAUAUAAAGAAUUAUAGCCAAAGAGAUAUUACUUUCAGCUUAUAUCAUGGUGUUGAUAAAUAAAUACAAAUUGAUGUAUCAAACACGAUAUGGACAUUUACUAUAUUGUCCUGUUAAUAUCACAUUGUUUUAUUAAUAAUAACAUUUUCCUGUUAUUAUCAUGUUAUCCAAUUAGUAUCACAUUCCUGAUAUUAUAAUA